UUCCUCUCUUUCCUCAAGACGAUUGAAUCGCUGUUGAUCCCUUAUCUGGGCGAAUCCCUAAUUCAACCUCAAGCCCUUUUCUUUUCACAUUCCAUUUGCUUUUCCCUCUCCCUCGAAUCUGUUCUUUCACUUGUAUUCUGCGCAAAUAUCAGACUUGCUCCACCUUUUUUUUUUUUUUUGGGUUAUUUUCUUUGUUAUGAUAUCUGUGCCUGUAGAAAACGUGUGGUCUCUCCUCAUCGAGCGCAUCGAACCGUUUUUGGCUUCUGGGUCUGGUUGCAUCAGGGCUCUGCAUGCGUGUGUUGAUGCUGGAGAGCUAGAUAUGGGCCUAUGGUCAAAAUAAUACCGGACUCUGACACCCGGAUUGGGUAGUUUUCUGUUUCUGCGAGAAAGACACAGUUUUUCAUGAAGUUGGGUAUCAUCUCCAGUCUCUGUUAGGAUAAGGGAAUUGGUAGUUUCAUUCGGCUGAAGAGGUGUGAAAUUGGGUCGGUUGUCACGGUAUUGGUUUUGGGGUGUAUUGUUUCAUGGGUUAUGUUGGUGAAAAUCUAGGAAAUUAUAAGCUCGUGUGAUUAGGUGUUGAGUUAGAGGAAACAAAAAUGAAGAGAGGGAAAGAUGAUGAGAAGAUCAUGGGGCCCAUGUUCCCGAGGUUACAUGUGAAUGAUACGGAGAAAGGAGGGCCAAGAGCGCCUCCGAGGAACAAGAUGGCCCUUUAUGAGCAGCUCAGCAUACCUUCUCAAAGAUUCGGUCCGGGGAUGUCGCCUCUCAAUCCCAAUAAUAGCAGUAAUUUGGUUUCUCCAGCAUCUUCAAACCAGGGGAUUGGAUCCGGCCGGAACAUGUUCUUCCCACUUCACUUACCUCCUUCAACUCCAACUCAUCUUUCUGAGAGAUUGAAUGCUGGCAAGUCCGGUGGGGCUAGUCCAGCUAAUUCACUGGCAAGAGUGGAACAGAGAAAAAAUGCAGGUGAUGGAGAUGAUUUUAUGGUUCCUGUAUAUGUUCAGUCAGGAACGGGUCAAGGUAAAAACAAGAACAGUAAGGCUGGGGAUAAUGCUCCAGAUUAUAUAGCAAAGAUGCACAGCUCCUGCAGUGAUGAUCCAAACAGAUCUAGUUCAGUAGGUCUUACUUCAAGACAAGAGUUAAACUUAGAUGGUUCUAUAAGAUCCAAUACGAAUGCAGCCACUGCAGAGAAUGGUCGUAGAUCAUUGAAGGAAGCUGACGCAACUCGAAUUCCAAUUCUAGCAAGUUUUAGCACGUCCCGUGGUCCAGAUGCACAACUACGGCAAGGGAAUGGAGAUGGGCCACAAUCAAAAGAGCAUGCACAAGAUUUUGAAGGUGAAGAAACUUCGAGAAACAUCCAGAAGGGAAUAUCUUCCUGGCCAAGCCACGAACCUCGUUUGGGAGAAACCCAAAGAUGUCCACCUGAGCUUAAUAGCUUUGGUAAGGAAAACUCAAAUGUGACAUGUGGCGCGUUGCCCAUGGUUGACACUGGCAGGAAUGACGAUGCAUCCGAAGUCUCCAUCGCAGAUUCAGUGUCGGGCUUGGAUAUCUCUCCUGAUGAUGUUGUGGGGAUUAUAGGUCAAAAACAUUUCUGGAAGGCCCGGAGAGCAAUUGUCAAUCAACAGAGAGUGUUUGCAGUUCAAGUCUUUGAGUUGCAUAGAUUGAUAAAGGUACAGAAGUUGAUCGCUGGGUCACCACAUCUUCUGAUUGAGGAUGCUUCUGGCUUAGGCAAAACUUCUUUAGUCAACUCUCUUGGGAAGAAAUUUUGUGACGACCAUAAUGGUAGAUAUCUGUCACAAACUACAAAGCACAAAGAGGAGUCUGAGAAGCCUGUCCACCAGAUGGAGUGUUCUGCAGAGAAUGCAGUCGGGAAGACAUCGAUUUCUUCUGUCAGAAGUGGCAAUCAGCUUUCAGAUUAUGGGCCUGGUAUGAGAUACCCACCUCUUGCACCCGUUGUGCCUGAUAUGAAAAUGGGCCCGUGGGGUUACUCUCAGUCAUCAGGUCACCAAUGGUUGAUCCCUGUCAUGUCUCCUUCGGAGGGGCUCGUUUACAAGCCCUAUCCUGUCCCUGGAUAUACGGGAACGGCUUGCGGAGGAUGUGGGCCAUACAACUCUUCCCCAUUGAUGGCGAACAUCCCAAACCCUGCUUAUGGAGUUCCAUUGCAUCACCAUCACCAACACCAAGGAUUUGGGUUCCCUUCGGGUGUUCCUCCACCAGGCCACAGUUAUUUCCCCACGUACGGUAUGCCCGUCAUGAGCUUCAAUGCUUCAGGUUCAUCUAUAGAACAAACGAACCGGUUUUCUGGACCUGUCCAAUACAGUCAGACGGACCAAUUAUCUGGAGGGGAAGCUGACAAUCUGCGACAUCAAAUUUCAUCUAACAUACCUAAGCAGAGAAAAGGAUCGAUUGCUCCGAUCAAAUCCCAAGCCAAUAAAGAAAGUGAGUUGCAGGUGAGCACGGCGAGCAGUCCUAGCGAGAAACCACCAAAGGGACUUGUGAAUGUCCAAUCCUUGGAGGGGAAAGAAGUGCUCCCGCUUUUUCCUGGUGCUCCAGUGGUUUCUGAAGGGGGAUCUCAGCUUCGCGAGGCAGACCAGCCAACAAGGGUUAUUAGAAGCGUGCCUCACAAUGCUAGAUCUGCAACCGAGUCUGUGGCUCGAAUAUUCAGGUCUAUACAAGAAGAGAGGAAACAGUUCGACUCCAUGUAGGGGCUUGGCUAACUGUCUCCGUCUUUCUUAAAAGUUUUAAAUUCAGAAACUCAUUUGAGUUCUGAUUGUGAGAGUUUCUGUAUUAGUGUUCCAUUUGUCUUUCGGUCAUUAUAGAUAGGUCUGUAAAUUAGGUAAUUUUAUAUGGAAGUUCAUCAUCAUAUUACAUUUGUCAUCUCGGUGAAAGUCGCUAAAAGUGUCUUUUGAUAAGGGUAAGGAAGAUUUUGUUCCAGUGGACUGGUGUAUUAUGUAUACCUACAAUGUAACUUCCAAUCGAAGCUCGUGUUUUACCUGUUG